AUGGCCUCUUCAAAUGAGAAUCAGAAACCCCGGCUUGAAGAACUUCUCAAGAAGUAUCCACUUGAUGUGUUUCCCAACUGGAGCAUCACAGCGGACGAAAGGUACUAUGUGAGUGCUCCAGUCGAUCACCUGGGAGAAUGGGCGUUCCAUCUUCGCUCACAUCUCACAGCUCUUAUCCUCUCAGGAAACCCGGCCAUUGGAUUUUUACAGUCGGUACACUCAAAGACCAUGACCAGGAUUGCGCAUGGAUUUAGUAUUUUAGGCUUGGAGGUGUUUUUCUUCUCGCUCAUUGUGGCUAUGGUGUGGCUGUUUGACGCACGUCUUGGACGACUGCUCUCUGUGCUGUUAUCGUUGGGAUUUUUCGUUGCUGGCAGUCUAAAAGUCGCACUAUGUCUGCCUCGUCCUCCAUCCCCGCCAGCACUUUUCCUGGACGAGGAGAACAGAGACUGGGCAUGGCCAUCCAAUCAUGCAUUGCUUGGGACGGCCUUUCCAUGGUUCAUCUGGAACUACUCAAGCAGUCACCAUAACCUUUCCCUAUGCUCAUCAGUUAUUCUACUGGCGGUCAUCCUUACUUGGAAUUGUGGUGUGAGCUGGUCACGAGUAUAUCUGGGUGUUCAUUCCCCAUGUGAUGUAUUAGGCGGUUGGACUAUUGGCGUGCUGCUUCUUUUCAUAUUCGGUGGCUUCUCUGAUAAACUUUACGAUGCCUAUGAAUGGAGUUCUUCCUCGGAUCUUUCGUUCUUUAUCUAUUUCUACUCAGUGGUACUGUUUCUACUUUGGGUGCAUCCAAGAGCUUGGCCGGAAACGCAGAGUUAUGGAGAGUUGAUUUGCGUACUCUCCGGGACUGGUGCGAUUUGGGCGGGUCGUGUUCUUCACCUGGGUGGCGACACACCUUCGAUCAGUUUAGCCGAGGCACAUGUGGAUGCUCCUAUCUACCAAUACUUUCUAAGAUUUUUUAUAGGAGUUGCUAUUAUUCUCACCUGUCGUGCCCUUCUGAAGCCGAUAGCGAAUUUUUCCAUCACUGGAUUCUAUAAUUUACUGGACAUAAAAUACUACUCCUAUUCAAAAAUGUGUAAAGAUUUGGGAAGUUUGCAACCGACGAAGAGGUACACAAAUCGUAUGCGCUUUAAACCGAUUCCUGGAGCCAAGGUUGUGCCAUCCGAUGUCAUUCCCUACGACGUGGAUCUACCAGUGAAAUUUAUCGUUUAUUCUGUGGUUGGAUUUCUCGUGUCCGAGGGUUGCCCAGCAAUUUUUGCUUAUUUGAACAUCUAA